CAGGCGGCGCGGGUUAAGCUUGGCCCGGGAGGUCUCCGUGGUCACUCGGGCACAGCUGAGGACGGACUGGGGAGGGGGCGUGUAAAACACUGCCUGCCUAGGCCAAGGGACUGCUUUGGGCUACUCAGAUCUGGGACGCUCCACCUUGAGGGUUUCAGCACGUCUCUUCCACGCUGGGCCUCAGUUUCUCCACGUGAGAAUUGAGAGUUUAGAUGAACUCCCUACAGACCCUCAUGCUGUGAAUAUCUGACAUUGCAAGGUCUGUCUGUGCCUCGUUCAACAUGCGGGGCAGUUUUACUGAAGACAUUUUCCCCCCUUCCAGAUGUAGACUUUUUAACCACUUCGUGCACUUCGUCUCAGGGAGAUUGAAAAUGAUUCCCAGAAGCGUUUUCUUGGAAAUAGCUUUACUGACCCUUCGUCGUCCCUUGCUGUCGUCCACAGAUUUCCUGUGGAGAGUUUUGCAUGCAAGCAUUUUGCCGUUUGUAUUUGCUCAUUUUCUCUUUGUUCCUUAGUCGAGGCUGUUUUUGCUUCACAUCUGGAUUAUUGCAACAGCUUCUUAGCUGGUCUCUGACUCCAGAGGUUUCACCCUCCCCCAUCCUUCCUUUAUGCUAACGCCAAACUUAGUAUAGGAAGUAAAAAAAUAGUUGACUGCUUGCUUGCUUAGUAAAUGUCAAAAUGCUGUGAGUGGUGGACAAAAGGAGUCGAAAGCAGCCCAAUCCCCACCCAGGCUUUACACUGGAUGUUCAGACAUUGCCUGUGGAAAGGUAAUGUCCAUGAGACAAGAUUGUGUGCUGUAGAGAGGUAUAGGUCACUAGGGGCGGCGGUGGGGCUUAGCGAGGAGGUGGUACUUGAACUGGGUGGUAAAGGAAGAGCAGGAUUCAUAUUGGGGGCAAAAAAAAAGAUCCUAUGGAAUUAGUGACUAGACCAGCCCUCUGGCUGAGGGCUGAGAUGGGAAAGGAGUAAGAGGAGAGAUUGAUUAGGCUCGGUUCCUGAAAGAUCUUGUACACUAGGCCAAAGUUAAAACUAUUCUAGAAGCAGGCGUAUUCCAGCAACGUGUGUGUGUGUGUGUGUGUGUGUGUGUGUGUGUGUGUUUUGCAGGAGGUGGAAGAAAGGCUAGAGGCUAUGAGUUGAGCUAGGGUGCCAUGGCAGUUAGACCACUGUUCAAAGAUGAAUAGUAUCCUGCCCGUUUGUGGUGUCCAGCCUUUGCUGCUCCCCCCAUCCCCGUUCAAGGGUCUUUCAGGUUUGGCUUUACCCUCACCUAAACCUCACUUUUUCCUGGCCUCUGCUUCUCCAAGUUUGCCCAGGUUUUGACCCUCUAGGGCUGUUGGUCCAGCCCUCUGAGCACAUUCUCCAUUUCACUUCCUUCAAGCCCCUGCUGAAGAUAUACUUCCUCCAAAGGGUGUUCCCUCACCGCCCUACCCCCAUGCCUUUGUGGCACUGGGACUCUGCAGCAAGCUUCCUUGGUUGUUGAGCUUGUCCUGGCCCGGCUGGAGCAGGAGUUUUGUUUGAAGACCCAGCCUGUUAAUACUUCUUUCAGACUCUUCUGCUACCUGAUGCUGGAACUGGAAUUUUGAUAAUAGGUCCUCAAAUAGUUCUUGAUUUUUGUUGGUAAACAACUUUUUUUUUCUUAAAGGAGAAGCUGUUUAGUUAUUAGCUUUCUCUGUCGUCUGUAACUACUGGUGUUUAAUGCUGCAAUUCCAGGUGGAUGUUUUCAAUUUUAUUCUCACAUACAAAAAGCACAGAAAAAAAUUCUGUGAAACGUUAGUAUUUAUUUCUGAUCCCAGGGAAAGAAAAAAAAAAGUGUAAUUCUUGAGUCUAAGGCUGUAGGGGGAGAAAGUCAGGUCUGGGAUCAGGUCUGGAUUUGAGUCUCAGCACAGACACUCAAUAGCUAUGUGAAGCUGAGUGGUUGAUCACAUUCUCUGAGCCUGCCUUGUCUUUCGUUCUUUUCUUGGUUGGUGCUGAAGAGUUAGCCCAGGGCCUGGCACAUGCUAGGCAAAUGCUCUACCCUUGAGUUACAUCCCCAGCUUGAGCCUGCCUUUUCUUGUAAUGUGUAAUAACAUCUGCGUUGUGGCAUUGUUACAGGUGUGUGUGUGUGUGUGUGUGUGUGUGUGUGUGUGUGCGCGCGCGCGCGCACAUGCACUAGUGCUGGAGUCCAGGGUUGAGGAUCCUUUUCCACUGCUCUCUCCCAUCUCCACUUUAUUCUUUUGAGACAGGGUCUCUCAUUGUAUCUAGAGCUCACGAGCUCACUAUUCAGCCAGACUGGUUGGUCCUCGCCGUCCAGUGCUGGGGUUACAGAGCAUGAGCCUCUGUGUGGCAUUUUACAUGGGCACUGAGAGUUCAGACUCAGGCCCUCAUGCUUGCAUGGUAAGCACCUUACGAACCAAGCCCUCUCCACAGCCUCUGUGGAUUUUUAAUGAAGAUGGCACACAAAGGAGGCGGCAGAGCUUCGGAACUGCUGAAGACAUUUUAUAUGAUUAGGUGUGGUGUUUCAGAGUGGAGGGAAGAUGGGCUGCCAAGCUCUGUCUGGCCAAUACACAUGUCUCUGUUCUGUCUUCCAGAUGAAGCAAGAAUGUCAAGUAUUGUGACCCUAGAGUCCCGUCAUAUAUAUUUCCACUAAUUUUCAUGUUACUUUAGUUGAAAUUCUGUUUCAUGCUUCCAAACUUCUUAAUUGUGUCCAUUUAAUGUUUUGUAGCUGACAAACUGCUGCAUUUAGCUUAGUGAAGGUCACCAGCUGAGCGCAGUUAAGCUUCUAAUGGUUAUUUUCUGUUGAUGUUGCUGGCAUGGAAAGCACCCUGGAAGAAUGCAGUUCAAGGUGAAUUAAUGGAGAAAUGGAAGAUAAAGACUAAGCAAGAGGAAGAAUGUUCAGGCAGACCUUAGGAGUGCUAGCUGCGGAGUUGAUGUGAGCUCAUAUUUACGCUGCUCGGUCUUGCUGAGGAGCUCUGGCGAAUUACGGAUGCUCUUUGUCUCUGCAGAUUGCGUCUGGUGUCAGUAGAAAUGGACAGCAGCAGUUUCAUUCAGUUCGAUGUGCCUGAGCACAGCAGCACCGUUCUGAGCCAACUCAAUGAGCUCCGCCUGCAAGGGAAGCUAUGCGACAUCAUCGUCCACAUUCAGGGUCAGCCAUUCCGAGCCCACAAAGCCGUCCUUGCUGCCAGCUCCCCGUAUUUCCGGGACCAUUCAGCAUUGAGCACUAUGAGCGGCUUGUCGAUCUCUGUGAUUAAGAACCCCAGCGUGUUUGAGCAGUUGCUCUCCUUCUGUUACACUGGAAGAAUGUCCUUGCAGCUGAAGGACGUUGUCAGUUUUCUGACCGCAGCCAGCUUUCUUCAGAUGCAGUGUGUCAUUGACAAGUGCACGCAGAUCCUGGAGAGCAUCCACUCAAAGAUCAGUGUGGGAGACGUCGACUCCGUCACCAUUGGUGCUGAAGAGAAUCCCGAGAGCCGGAAUGGGGUGAAAGAUGGCAGCUUCUUCGCCAAUCCUGUUGAGAUCUCCCCUCCAUAUUGCCCUCAGGUACGGCAGCCUCCGGUCAGCAGCGAUCUCCGGAUGGAGACGACCCCCAACAAAGCCCUUCGGAGCCGCUUACAGGAAGAGGGGCACUCAGAUCGGGGGAGCAGUGGCAGUGUGUCUGAGUAUGAGAUUCAGAUCGAAGGGGACCACGAGCAAGGGGACUUGUUGGUGAGGGAGAGCCAGAUCACUGAGGUGAAAGUGAAGAUGGAGAAGUCUGACCGGCCCAGUUGUUCCGACAGCUCCUCCCUAGGGGAUGAUGGCUACCACACAGAGAUGGUUGAUGGGGAACAAGUUGUGGCUGUGAACGUGGGUGCCUAUGGCUCUGUGCUCCAGCAUGCAUAUCCCUACUCCCAGGCAGCCUCACAGCCUUCCAACAUGCCAGAAGCUUUUGGAGGCCAGAGUAAUUCCAGCCCAUCCAGGUCCAUGCUGAGCUGCUUCCGAGGCCGUGGUGCCCGCCAAAAGCGGGCUCUGUCUGGUCACCUGCACAGUGACCUGCAGGGUGUGGUGCAGGGGUCUGACAGUGAAGCCAUGAUGAGCAAUCCCAGUUAUGAGAGCAGUCCCCGGGAGAGGAGUGCAAGGGGUUACUGGUACCCAUACAACGAGAGGUUGAUCUGUAUUUACUGUGGGAAAUCCUUUAACCAGAAGGGAAGCCUCGACAGGCACAUGCGACUGCAUAUGGGAAUCACCCCCUUUGUGUGCAAGUUCUGUGGGAAGAAGUACACACGCAAGGACCAGCUGGAGUACCACAUCCGGGGCCACACCGAUGACAAACCAUUCCGCUGCGAGGUCUGCGGGAAGUGCUUUCCAUUCCAGGGCACCCUCAACCAGCACCUGCGGAAAAACCACCCGGGUGUCACCGAGGUCAGGAGUCGCAUGGAGUCCCCCGAGAGAACAGAUGUGUACGUGGAACAGAAACUGGAAAGUGAGGUGUCAGCCUCAGAAAUGGCUCUAGACUCCCGAAUGGAAAUCCACACGGUAUCUGAUGCGCCUGACUAAGGUGAUGGAGAACGCGCCCCUGAACAAAGCACAUCAGUCCGUGCGUGCGUGCUUGUGAUUUGCUUUGUUGUAGUCUUUGGUUUUCCCACCAUCUGGAAAUCUCUUGGUUUCUUGGUAGUUUCUCUGAAGGUUCCGGGUGUGGCACAUGUUGUGUUUACCCUCCUCCCCGUCCCCUCCCCAAAGGAGCUCAAAGCAUGAAGGGCAGUGUAUCCAGGGAAAACACAGGCUGACAGUGGGCCUCUGCUGAAGGCUUCUCCCCACUCUGCAAACUGAAGGCAGGCACUCUCAGUGUGGGUGCUAGCCCCAGUGCAUUUCCACGGAGAGGUGAGGGUGCCGUCAGCUGAUACAAAUGGGUCACCUUUUCUAAUUUAAAAUUACUUUUAGGGGGUAGUUAGACAAUUUAUAUAUAUAUAUAAUAAAGUGGUUAUUAUAUAUAUAGUAUAUAUACAUUCUCAAAUUUGGGUUUAUUCUGGUUGAGGUGAAUGUAAGAGGAAUAUAUAAUUUAAUACAAUGUGAACAGAGCUCUGACUCUGUUUCAGCCCUGCCUACUAUGUUAGUUCUCCCCCUUUGACCCCCUUACAGAAGAAUGUCAGUAGAUUUUCACAUAGAGUAAUCACUGCAUCCAAAUGCAAGCAAAGCAAAUCACAGUGUUCGUAGCUCUGCUUCAUAGCAAACACAUAAACCAAAUGCCAUAAAACUCCUUCGCCUGUAGUGGGAACCAUUGGAACCAUUUGGAACUUUUGUUCGUUGUCCAGGUACGCUGGACAGCGUGCGGUGCUGACCUUCCUACAUAGUAGUGUUACACUAGCCAACCCCAAAGGAGCAGUGGUUUUCAAGGUCUGUACUACAAAUCUACCUUCAUUCCGUACUGUAGAAGCAUACCGAGCAGGUAACUACAUCACCUCGCUCCACCGUGAGUUAGACUCUCACUAAAGGACAGGAAUUGGUAGCACUUGCUACGCAAUUCUCCAGUAGUGUUGUGGUUUGUUGUUUUGUUUUCUUUUGGGUUUUUCUCUCUCUCUCCAAACAGCCAGUUCAGGUGCACAACAACUUUUUCUAUGCAGUUCCCAGGGAAACUGCAGAACUUGGAAUUUGUACUUUUUGUAAAGCUAUACUCUACGGGAAUUGCAAGCAAUAUAUCUAUCUUAGUAUUGUGUGUGCUAAUGAGAGCCUCGGUGGCUCCUCCAUUCUCUCAGUGUUUCCUGCUUAAAAAAAAGUCAAAACCCUCUGAGGUCCUCAGUGUGUCACCAAAUCUGUGUGUAUGUCUCACAUUUUUGGUCACGUGGUGCUAUUUUUAUGUUAAGUAUCUUUUAGGUCAGUAUCGUCUAGAAAAUGUGAAACCUACCAGUAGUAAUGACUUAGUUACUUUCAAGUUCACAGCUUGAAAAGAAACCUCAAAAGCGUGUGCUGGCAAACGGGUUACUGUCUGAGUUGUGUCUGGUCAGUGCUUUGGAAAUGUCUGUUUGCUGUUAGGUUCAUACACACCAACAGGCUUCGCAGAUGGCUCUGGUGCUGUGGACUCAGGCAGAGAGGGCAAUUUGGUAGGCCGUUUAUGGGUCAGGUUGGCAGCUGACUGUGGAGACAGCAGCGCUCUAGCCUCUGGCUGAGUACCUGGGCUCUGAGACCCAGACUCAAACAAACAGAACCCAGAAACUGAGGACCAACCUCAGAGGCUAGGAGCUAAGGAAUACAGAAAUAGAUGUUUGCUGGUUGCAAUGCUUUUUUGGCUCUUAAAAUCAUAGGUUUGGGGGGAGGUGGUUUGGUUUUGUUUUGUUGGUGGUUCUUUUUGUGGGGGUGAAAUAGGGGGUUCGAGACAGGUUUUUUCUGUGUAGUCCUGGCUGUCCUGGACUAGCUCUGUAGACCAGGCUGGCCUUGAACUCAGAGAUUCUCCUGCCUCUGCCUUCCUAGUGCUGGGAUAAAGGCAUAUGCUACCACCACCCACCUUUUUUUUGGGGGGGGGGGUUUUAUUUGAGAAACAGUAGUCUGACUCCAGCCCUUUCUUCAUGUGUAGCAGCCCGGGGCACAUAGUGCACCUUGUUAGCACACAGGAUCUGCUCAUAUGUGAGCUGCUCGCCUCGCCUCAGUGUUAACUCCUGUAGAUGACUAAUCCCGCUGCUCCCGGGAGGAGCAGCUUUUGCUAAUCGGGUAUACAGUAUGCCUUUUCCUCGUCAAACUGCCUAAGUCGGGGUUGGUUCUCUCCCUGGAGCAUUUGUUCAGCCAAGAAAGCUGACUGCCUCAAGGGGAGGAUGGACCCCAAGUGUUUACCUACUUAAGUGUGUUCUGAGGUUUCAGGUAAAUGUUUGUGAUUUUUCAUUUUCCUUACACAAAUGCAUUUUGUUUUGAUUUUUCUUUUUGAGAAUUAAAUGCAAAAACUUUGUGUGUGUGUGUGUGUGUGUGUGUGUGUGUGUGUGUUGUGAUACCAGUUAAGUUUGUGACAAGAAAGCCCCAAAUCUAAGGACGUGAGACGUCGAGCUCAGGGAAGGAGCCUCCUUUUCACUAGGCCUGGGCCUUCUGAGGUGCUCCAGGGCUUCCUGUGGUGAGGGGUGCACUCGGGCAGCACGCCCAUGUCCUGGCUCUGGUCACUGUCUGUCUGAUUACGUACAUUAGUUCUUGUGCUGUUUGUCAACUUGUUUAGCUGGUUUGAGUUUACCAAAGAGUGACUUAUCCAAAAUUGUCUUUGACAAAAAUCUACAUUGCUUUGAUUGUACAGUUCAGGUUCAAACAUUGUAAUGGGACUGUUAGGGGCAGAAAACCGACUUGAGUUUUUAAUGAUCAUGAUUCCACACUUCGCAAGUUGCGCUUGCUCCCAUUCGUGUUGCUAACACUUUACCCUCUCCACUGCUAGCAGUGUUAAGAAUGAAUCCUCAAGCCAUAACACAGUACUGUAAAGUUCACGGGGCUUGGAGGGAGGCAGCGCCCAGGCCAGCACGGCACUGCAUAGCCUGUCUGUGCAUUUGCACUAGGCGCCUGCCGGUGGGCAUGGCUGCUGAGGGCUCUCCGCGCAGACAGAGCUGCAGCGGUCAGUUGUGCCUAGCAUGUGCCACGAGAGCCAGCUUGGCCACUCGAGCAGGCCUCUCUCCCUGCAGCUCCCUGUGUAACUCCUUAGAGCGACUCCUUGUGGACAGCAAACCUGUCCCUGUACAGUUGUAGGUUAGGCCUCUCACUAUAGCAGAUGCAGAAGUCCACUAAGAGAAACAAUAUGUGAAGUAUGUCCUGCUUUCCUACAGGCCUAUGCGUAAUUGAGUCUCUUCUCAGCUACCCUUCCAUGUUAGACAAUGUGAAGACAGCCACAGCACCCUCCCCGCGACAUUUACCCCGUUGCACAGACUGUGAAGACGUUUUAUACUUUUGCUAACACAUGUGGUUUUCAGUCCUUACGUUUCUUCUCAUCAGUCCUCUGCCCUCUUGUUUCUACUAAAGCUGUAAAUACAUUUAGAAACCGUUUGUAAAUACAAUUACAAAGAUGAGUUCAUUUCCCGUUCAGUGGAAAAGCCUUGGCAGUUUUUUGUUAUUGGUUUUUUUUUUUUUUUUUUUUUUGUUUGUUUGUUUGCUUUUUUUCGAGACAGGGUUUCUCUGUGUAGUUUUGGAGCCUGUCCUGGAUCUUGUUCUGUAGACCAGGCUGGCCUUGAACUUACAGAGAUCCGCCUGCCUCUGCCUCUGCCUCUGCCUCCCAAGUGCUGGGAUUAAAGGCGUGCGCCACCACCACCUGGCUAUUGGUGGGGUUUUCUUGUUCCCUCCCUCCCCUCCCCUCCCUCCCUCCCUCCCUCUCUCUGUUUUGAACAGCAGAUAGGAUACUGUCAGUUCACUGUUAAGCAGAAUAUACUGUAGGACUAAAUUGGUAAUUUUAAAAUCUUCCCAGAGCUUAAGUGUAUGUCUCUUCUAACGGCAGCAAGUAUAACCACCUCUUUUGUUUUACCCUUAGCCCAGACACAGGCCUGCAUAUUUUUUGUGUGUGAUUUUAGUUUUUAACAACCUAGAUUCUGGGGAGAAUUUGCAGGAACACAGAGCAAGGGCUAGGGGAAAUGGUCCAUGUGAAUGAGCCCUACCUUAGGUUGAUGUGUUUUAGUUUAAGCUUUCCACUUGUUACUGUGAUGUUUUCGUUAUCACUGUUGUUGUUAAAUUCUAUAAUGGUUUCCUGUGAAGCCUCCACUGAAAGGGACUCAAAUAUGCAACAUCUAAACUAUUUUCCAAGGGCUCAUGCCCCUUGAAUGGUGCUUCUAGCCUGGUCAGGGUUAUUUAUUAAAUUUUAUAUAUGAAAGUAUUGGGGAAUUAUGUAAACUCUUUAUACGAGACUAUCUAGUUCUUACAUCCUAGAUUUCAUAUACUCAGUGCAGCUGAACUGAAAGUUCAGAGAAGUCAUUCACUUUGUUCCAAAUUUGUAAUGGUCGUCACUCACAUACGUCGUCUUCAGUAAGUGCCAGAGUUCCCACUGUUUCUGCCAGGGCUUGCCAACUCCAGGUGCCCCCUGGGUCUGGCACAGACAGGGCUAUCGCUGCUCCUGAUGAGCUACUGGAGUAAGCCUCGCUCGCUCGCUGCUCAGUGGCAGAUUGAGCACACAGACCUCUCACCGCCCUUCAGUGACAAGUACGCUGUGAACUUGGCCUGGAGACUUGGAGACCAAGUCCCGGGCUGCUGCCCUGACUAGAGCAAGAGGUAAACUCGCCUGCCUCCCCUGAGAACGACUGUUUUCCUAAUGUGAAACCAUCUCUUACCACUUUAGCAGUAGGGCUAACAUAGUCUUCCGUUACAAAUGGCUGAGCAAUUUGAAUGACUUCACAUGGUGUCAUUACCUUGCAAUAUAAACUGGUAACCUCACAACGCCACACUUCAUCACCACAUGAAGUAAAUGAAGCUAGCUAAGCGGAUGCUGUAUCAAGUAGUAACUUGCCAUUAAGGUUAUUUUAUAGCAUGAAUUGAAGACUAUUUAUUCAAAUGAUAUUUUACUCCUGUAUUCAUUUCGCUUUAGGUUUGUGACAUGAAUAUUUCAGUGCUGCUUAAUUUUGUUCUGAAUUCUUGUUUCUUGCUUGUAAAUGGCUUUUUUAUGGUAUAAAGUCAAUGGAAAUUGCUGUUUGUAAAUAAAGAUGCUGCUAGAGCAACC